GUCGAGAGUCACCCGUAUUUGGCGCAGAAGAAGCUGAAGGAGUUCUGCGAGAAACGGGGCAUAACUCUGACGGCGUACUCCCCGUUAGGCAAUCCCGGCUCCAGCUGCAACGAUAAGCCCGAUAAGGGACAGCUCCUGAAGGACCCGGUAGUCCUACGACUGGCCCAGAAGUACGGCAAAAAUGCCGGUCAAAUACUACUCAAGUUUCAGACGGAUAGAGGGCUGAUAGUCGUGCCUAAGAGUGUGAAUGCGGAUCGGAUUAAGACUAAUAUCCAGAUAUUUGAUUUCAAACUAACCCCGGAUGAGAUCCAGGAGCUGGAGGGACUGGACUGCAAAUACCGGUCCAAUCUGUUUGAACAGACCGUUGAACUGCCGAAUCACCCGUUCCUCCCGUCCAUUGAUUUUUAA